AUGUCCCUGGUGCGUUUCAGAAGCGCUGGGCAAUGUGUGCGCUAUUGGCACUCCCUAACACGCCGCCACUCCUUUUCCCAUCGUCACCUAAGCACAUCCACCUCCGACCCCCACCUCCUCUUUUCCGCCUACAAGAUAGACUCCGGCGAGCAACACUUCUUCUCCGUCCCAGUCCUCCCAGAACUUUCUCUCGGACCCGCCACUCCACUCUUAACACUCCAGACUGACCCCCUGGGUCUCACCUCUUCGCAAUGUCUCAAUGGCUUGUUCUGCUUUUACCACGCUGAAUAUCCCAGUUACUUUGGGCCCCCAAUACUCGUAUACAACCCCGCCACUCAAGAAACCAUUAAUAUUCCCCUUGAUCGUCCAAUAAAUGCGGGCGCAGAUACAACUUGGAACAUCAAGACGCACUUUGGGUUCGACCCUUCAACCAACGUGCACAAAGUGCUCCGUAUUCGGUUGACCGAAGCGGUUCCGGAGUCAGCUCCGAGGGUAUUUAAGAUGGAAUUCAAUGUUUUUACGCUAGGCAAGGAGACGGACUCGUGGAGAGAGAUAGACCCUAAGCUGCCUUUUGAUUCUGCCAAGUAUGGCUCUGGCGAGAGAAGUGUUUGUCUUAAUGGCGCAAUGCAUUGGAUGCACAGAUACGGGGAUUCUAUCGUUGCGUUCAAUGUCAGAGAUGAGCGGUUUACAUUAAUCCCUCUUCCUGAUGAGUACACAGAGGGUGAAAACGCGUCGGAACUUGUACGGCCGGAACGACUAGUCGAAGUUGGUGGGUGUUUGGCUGUGAUAAUUUCGGAGGGCAAAAACGGUUUAGAGACUAAACAUUUAGCGGAGGUACAGAUGCUGGAAUUGUGGGUACUAAAGGAUUACGACAAUCAUGUGUGGGUUAGGGAGUCUAUUCGGUUACCCUUCCGAUGGGAAGAGUCGGGUCGACCUGUUCCUUUUGGGAGUUUGCCCACGGGCGAGCUCUUGAUGAAGCCGCUUUCUUUGUACAAGAGCCCUGCAUGGGUGCUUUUUUACAAUAGAGAGGAAAAAUAUUUCAAGAAGGUUGACAUCCCGGGCUUGCCUGAAUGGGUGAUUUCGGGCUGUCGAUGUCUCACUUUCGUUCAUUGUUCUGUGGGAAGGGAAGGUCUUCCAAACGGAGUAAUUGAUGAACCACGACAUGGAGAUUCGAAUGGUUCUUCUAAAGACUAA